CGAUCUUCGCCCCCGUAACGAGAGCCUCGCACUGACGUUCCGUCAUUUUUCUGCGCGUCCGCGUCGUUUCUUGCCGCGUACCAUAGUUCAGUGACGACAAAGAGAGCGAUUAAAAAGAGAGGAAGAAAAACAUCGUUCACGCUGCAAGAUUUUACGGUGUAUUCGGUACGAGUGUUUCGUCCGCCAAUAUUCUGUAAUUAUUGCGAGCUAAAUCUAAAAUUACGAAGAUAUAGAAGAAGGGAAGAGAAUCUAAGAAAAGUCGGAAGAAACAGGGAGUUGAAGAUAUUGAAAGAGGAAAUAGGACAAAGACGAAGAGAUGUAACGUAAUGUAAAACAAUGAAAGAUUAGAAUACAACGUAACGAGAGAUUUAAAAGUAGCAAAGGGAAGGAAAGUGGAAAAAGAAGAACAGAGGGAAGAAGAGAAGAGAUACGAGAGGAUUUAGAAUGGGGAAGAUGAGAGCUUUGCUGAUGAUAAUCGGCAUUAUCUACGCGUGUACCUGUGGCGGGCGUACGGAAUGUGGAAAUCACGCGCAGAUUUCGCUGCUGACAAGCAUCCACGAUGAUGCGUCCUGCAGGAAGCUAUCCGCUAGAGGUGUACUGCUGUACGAAGCGGCGAAGCUACUCACAGAGAUUCACAAUAACAAGACAGCUGGCUACGAUAUCGAAGUGACUGUUGUGGACACGUGCGAUAGCAUAACCGGCGCUCUGAAAGCAGCGAUGAAGGCUCUCGUGGGGGCAGAUACGAGCUGUUUGCAACCGCCCUACUACUUAGGAAUUAUCGGGCCAGACACUGCGACAAAUGCGGAAGCCGUACACAAGGUAACGUCAGUGCUGAAAGUGCCGCACAUCGUGAGACGAGAAUCGAAUUCUCCGUACCUUCAUCAUUUAAUGAAGGAAUCCGAUUCUUAUCUAGUCCAGGGCACCUUGAAGGUUGUGGAAGAACUGAAAUGGAAGUCGUUCACGUUGGUGGUGAACGCGGAUGAAGAUGGCGAGGAUGAUGCUCAAAACAUUGCUAAAAAACUGACAAUAGCAGCCAUUAGGAAGGGUCUGUGCGUUUUGAUCGAUGACGGCGAUCAAGACGACUUGACCUCGCACAUCGUGCAUAUUGGAACGCCGCAAGACGAAUUCUUCAGCAAACCGGUGAACGCGACCGUUCUAGUCGUCAGCGAAGGGCAUCUCGAAGAACACCUGAAGCACAUCAACUCGACAAACGUUAUACUGCUUCUAGAAGACUCCAGGAACGAAUUCCCAGGAUUAGAAGCAAGGGUAGAGAAGUCGAAAUGGUGGUCGAGCAAAGAUAGCGGGAAAUACGACUCGGAGGAACUGAGGGAAGUUAGAUGGCUUGAGGACGCGAUAAAGGUGUAUGCGAAAGCGUUAGACACGCUGUGCAAGAAGAAGAAGUGCAAGAGCCAGGUAAACGCCGUCGACUGGAACAACGUUGUGUCGAACGUAAUCGCGGGCCACGCGAAAGAAUCGCAAUCAAGUGUUGCUUCUCUCGAGCUAUCGAUGAAAGUAAAGGCCUCGGAUCUACAGACAAUAGGCACGAUCGUCGUCAGCAAGAACAAGGUAAAAUUACAUUGGGGCGACGACGAUGACAACGAUGGCGACAAAGACGACGAUGAUGAAAAGGAUGACGAUAAGGAUGACGAUAACGAGGAUGAUGAGGAUGAAAUGCCUAAAGCGUUCAAGAAGUUGAUCAGUAAGGAAAAAGGGAUGAAGACUGGCUGUGCUACCACACCGAAGGAGAUUAAGAUGUUGCACGAGAACGACGACGAGACUGCUCAGGUUCUCGUUUCUGAGAUAGAUAACACCGAGUGGUGGACCAUGGUUGGCACGGUAAGCGGCGUCGGUGUAGCGAUGUUCGUGGUCGGGAUUCUAGCCGUUUACGUGGUCUACACAAAUAUUCGUGGUCCAGUGGCACCGAAAAACGCUCGUAUCGAAAGAGACACCAGUCUGAGAAGAGUUGGUAGCGACAGAGAACCACCUGUCCGUACCCAAAGACACCAACGUACGUUGCAGAGGAGGGACAGUAACAGAAGCACCAUUUCAGAGAAAAGCGUCUGACGGGAUUUUUCGAUGGCAGGCAAUCUCGAAAACUAAAGCUAGUCACACACUUAAACGAAUCGAAUAUUUCGAUAACGCGAUAUCUUUUUAGUUUUGAUUGAUCUUGAGUCGCCUCUAAUCGGUUUGAAUCGGUUUGAAUCGGAUUGAAUUAUUUUAGAAAUGAUUUACAGUGCUGCGAGUGAUUAUAGACUCAAACACAUUGUUCAUCCUUUCUUCAUUAUUUCUUCAAUGUCUGCAAGAAACCACUGAUCAUGUCUGGAUAUGUUCAAUGAAAUUGUUUUUGUAACAGGUCGAUCGAACGCUAUAGAAUAUCAAGAGUUAUCUCAUGACGAAAUUUCAUAACCGAAAUAGCAAACAAGGAGAUAAUUUUUCAACAAUACAAUGCUCCCAUUUAUACAGCCGCCACUACAAAAAAUUGUUUCCUAGAUUUUGGAAUAGAAUUAUUACCAUGGCCAGUAUUGAGUCUUGACCUGAAUCCUAUCGAGAACCUGUGGGGGAUUCUAACAAGUAUGGCCGGUUAUUCAAAACGAAGCUUUAAAUAAGUUAAUAGAUAACAGAAGUAAUAGAAAAUAAAGAGAAAUCCACUAAAUAUUGAAUGAGAACGUAACAAAGUUAACAUCAAGUUUAUAUUUUUUCAUAGCCGAAAACGUAAUUUUCAGAAAAAGUUUAAUUUUCCACAGAUUUCUAAAGAAGAAAUUGUACAUGUCGUAUCUCCAGUUUUAUAUGACAAUAUGAAAUUAUAUAAAAGACUUCGCCAAUUUUUGUUUUAAUAUUAUAAAAAAACUAAAAAUGGGCUUGGGCUUAUAAUUAUUCAUGGCACUGUAUGUUAACACAGUUAACACGUUUAGUAUGAUGUCGAUAUGUGUAUCGAAGUGGAAGAAGCUCUUCAGUGACGAUGUCGAUACGCGUGGACAAUACUUUUUUUUCUCAGAAAUCUGACAUGUGUUGCAGUCACUUUUUAAGGAAAACCAAGUGAAAAAUGUUGUUUUUAAUAUUUUUCAAUGCGGAAUAUAGGAAUCGACUUCGUAAAUCGAAAUAUUCUCCAUUUAACGUGUUAAGGUAGGUUUAGGAUUAACAAGCUUGUCUUGAUUCUUCUUAAUUUGAAGUGAUUUGUUCGAUUAAAUCGAUUUUAGACGGAUUUGUUCAAUCGAAUUUCGAUUGAUUCUCUACUCGAUUGAUUUGUUUGAGAUUCGGAAUGGUUUGACAACAGUCGUCAUUUCCAUUUGCAAUCGAUGCAAACCAACUCAAACUCGGUUCACUCGGUUCAAAUACAUUUAAAUCGGUCCAAAUUCGUUCGAAUCGACCAAAAUGCCUUCAAUUUCCGAUCUAGUCACUUUCAAUUUAGUUUCACUCGUUGGAAAAAGAUUCAAUUUCGAUUGGAACAAGUGUACGACUGGCUGGUCCUCAAUUCAACCUAGCGCGUCAUAUUUCGCGGAAACUUUCAACAAGCAACCUCAAUCUCUAUCGAAUCGAUGGAAAACCUCAAAUAUCAGCAAAAUGUCAACAAGUUGUCUAUUUGCUUUUACCUUCUUGUCUCUCUCUCUCUCUCUCUCUCUCUCUCUCUUUCUCUCUCUAUUUCGAAAGAAAAAUGGAAUGAGUACACACUGAAAAUACUUUCUUACAAAAGAAUAGUUUAUCCUUUAAUCCUCUCACUGCAAAAUUACUGGAAAUCGUUGGAAAAUCCCUAUGUUGGCAUAUAUAGAAACAAGAGAAAAAACGAGAAAAAACUAAAAAAAUAUUAGACGAAAAUGUUAAAAAUAUUAAUUGACAAAUAAUAUCAACUAAAGUACUCAUAUCAACCAGAAACUAAACUUUAGUUACUAGGCUCUAGUCACUAGACUCUAGUCUACUCGAUUGCCCAUUAACAUGUUCAUAGCGGUAUAGGACAUACAGGCUCCGUAACGAACUUUCCUUCUGGAUAGCUCCUUCUUCAUUAAACUUUUCCUAUUUGCGUGGCUACUAUUUCCUUCAUUUUUCAACAUUUAUCAACAAUAAAAAAUUAACUGAGUUUCCGCAGGGUAAAGUAACAUAAUACAGUUGUAAAUCAUAAAUCGCCCAAUUAGUGCGAAAAAUUUAACGAUUGUAACGAUUUGUUGUACGAGGCUUAUUUGUCACGUACCGCUAAGAAUGGAACAACGAUCCUCGUUAUCAACAGAUGGCCACUAUUAUAUUGUAGUAUAUUUCAUAUGUCUGUCAAAUAUGGAAGUGCAAUACGAAACAUAUCGAAAGAAGUGCGGAAUUACGGAAAGGACAAUAUGGUCAUUCGAUCGAAAUUGCUACGGGUCACUGUUGCCCCGUAUCGCCAAACACGAAAGUGCAUUACGUAGCCUAUUUGUCCUGUACCGCGAAAUACGAUAGUCUUCUAAAAAAGUGAACGCCGUAGUAAACGUGUUAAGUGUCCGAACACUUUAAACGAUUUGUAGCAAUAAUAAACGAAUAUUAUUGAAAUAUAUGAAUUAACGAUAAACAUUACCAAGAAAUACUGGUACCAUCUUUGCCACUAGAUUCGAUGUUAUACGGAUAAAAGGACUAUAUAAACGAAGUACACAAGUGCCAAGUAACUAGAGUAUUAUUAUUAUUAUUAUUAUAGGUAUUUGAAUCAUCGAAAUAAAGACCAGUACUAUACAUCUUCGAUAUAGGUAUCAGAUAAGUAUGCAUGAAUAAAAGGAACUGUUAUAGAAAUAAUGAAUUUAAUAUAUGUAAGUAAAAACGAUUGCUCUUAUUACUUAUCACAAAAUUGUUAAGUUUUCUCCUGAGAACUGCUGACUGUUAAUAAAUUAUUAUGCUCAUACGCAGCAGUUGCUUACAAUUUAAUAAAUUUCAAACUUUAGGGGAACGAUGUUUCAUAGAGCUUAAUAGUUCCGUUUGGAUUUCACCACAGAGUCCUGUGUAAAUUUACAUUCACGAUGGCAAUAUGACUUGUAUGUAAACGCUCGAAAGAAUAUUUCAAUUUUAACAUCGUACAAUUACGUAAAUUUCUGUAUAAGCAUAUGAAGACGUAAAUAUGUGAGAGAUAAUACAAACUUAAUGACACCUGCCGUGAGAAUCGAUGAAAUUGCCGUUGAAGCUGAAUGAAGUCAUCUCUUUAUGGAAGAAGUUUCUCGAAUCUUUGAAAUAUUUCAACGAUUGUAUCC